CUGACAUUGAAUUUUGAAAGAGAUUGGGAAAGAGAAAAUCUUACGGAGGCAGAGAAAAAGAAAACAAGACGAUCCCUUAUACGUAAGGAUGCGAUUGCGUAGGAGAAGAUACACGAAGCGGUGACAAGAGGACACAAGGAGAGUUUGUCUCGACAUGAGGCUAAGUCCAAUAUUUCUUUCGUGUGCCACGGCGAGCUUGUUCGGUUCUGUUGAAGCCAUCCGAAGUCCUUCGUAUUCUAAGGAUUACGAAUUAUCAACGGAAUUCUUCCUUGUACCGUCGGAAGAUACAGUCGAUAGAAAUGGUUUGGCAAGCGUGGCCAGCGUUAUCAGCGUACCGGCACCGAACAGAACCAUCUCCGUCUUCAGGAUGCCUACUAGGAAGGGCCAGGAACGCGAAACCGAAUCCAGUAGACCGCCAAGCUCGCGUUUCCUUCUCAGACAACGACCUUGGGCUCUUCCCCUUGCAGCCCUAAGUGCCGCAGCGAUGCUACUCAUGGCUGGUUUCGAGGUUUUCGUACUCCUCAAGGCAAGAGCAGCAGCCCCAAACAGACGACACUUGUUCCUAGGCCAAGCUUUGUUACUUGGUCUCUUUCUUUUGGCCGGACUUUCGGCUGCAGCUUCUCUCAGUCAAAAUCCUUUAUCCUGUGCAGCCUUCAGACUAGUCGGUUUACCAGCGGCCCUCGUAUUUGCGGCCCUGCUCGUCAAAUGUGUCUUCCUUCUUUCCUUGAAUAGCGGCGUCUAUUUGCCAGCACCUUAUCAAGCUUUAGUACUGGUAUUUGCAGUGCUGGUACAAGUAGCCAUCGUCGGCCAAUGGUUUUACGGGGAACCACCUGCAGUUAUCCAAGUUCAAAACGUUGAUCAGAGCGGUCCGGUUGCAUUGGGUUGCAAAACUCCUCUCGGACAGACAGUGGCUUCCCUCGGAUAUCCAGGGAUACUGUUAGUAGCGGUAGCCUGUUUAGCCGUUCGUGCACGUGGCGUUCGUGAUAAUAAUAGAGAAGCUGCUUUUAUCGGACUCGCCGUUGGUUUAUCAUUGCCCAUUUGGAUAUCAAGCGCGAUUGGUUCAACAGUAGCGUCCUCCGAGAGCGAUAAGGAGGCGUGGCUGGCUUAUGGUCUCCUGACUACUUCUUUUCUCGUAUUUUUGACGAUGUUUCUGCCGAAGGGUCGGCAAUUGGCUGCCCUUGGUCGAGAAGGACCCACAACCGUCAUUCGAGAUCGCGAUGACGCACUCAGCUCUCUACCUGGAAGCGGCUAUUCUCCUUCCUUUUUUCAUUUCAAACCUGUCGAAACGUCCUUGAAGAGGAAGAUGCAUUAUCACAGCGCUGAUCGCGUCGCGUUGGUCUCAUCGGGAAUACCUGGUUGCAGUGCUUGCAGACAUGGGGGAAGUCCUCCAAUAUAUUCCGAUGAGGUUCAUGGGCCGAUGGAGACGUUUGUUCUACCAUCCGGCAUGUAUUUGAGGCCGGAGGACGCUGGAAAUCUCUACACGACUUUAUCAGCAAAUCCAAACGUAUUUUUCCAGAGAGCCACACAUCCGGGGAUGAUGUAUUGAUCCCUCUCUCCCUCUCCUCCUCCCAUCCUCUCCUCUCCAUUUCUUUCCGUCUCCUUGAACUAUCGAUUUUAAUCGACCCGAACGAACUUCAAUCCAAACAAUAUUUGAUUAAACGCGUUGACUGCCACGCAAAUUUUACGCGUUUUUCCCCCGCAGAAGCCACAUUUUAAGAUUAAAUAUAAAACAGUAUAAUAACGCUAAUCACAGAUGACCUACGUGGCCCUAUUGAAUGAAAAAACGCCGUGGCAUUCAAUGUGUUAAAUUUAAUGAAAAGAUCGCCGCCUUUUAGAAUUAUUUCGCAUUAGUUUAAGAACAAGGAUCGAAUUAAUCGUUCCGAUUGUAAAUAUUUACGUUGCAUUUUUUAAUAUUUGACACGUUUUUUUUUGUCAACUUUUUAUUCUUUCUAUAGAAAAAAAAAAAUAACAUUGAUAGUAUGUCGAAUGUUAUG